AUGGAGUGGACGGCCCCGAAGUCCACCCCGCUCUCCCCGCCCCACCUCCUCUGGGACUGGGGCGACGCCGCCGCGCCGGGCUCCUCCGGCGAGGCGGCGGGGAGGCGCGGGAAGGAGAAGCGGGCCAGGGGGGAGGCGGCCGGCGGAGGAGGCGGAGGCGGAGGAGGAGGGGGCGUGAGGUGCCAGGUGGAGGGCUGCGGGGUCGAGCUCCGCGACGCCAAGGAGUACCACCGGAAGCACCGGGUCUGCGAGGCCCACACCAAGUUCCCCCGCGUCGUCGUCGCCGGCCAGGAGCGCCGCUUCUGCCAGCAGUGCAGCCGGUUCCAUGCGCUGUCCGAGUUCGACCAGAAGAAGAGGAGCUGCCGGAGGCGGCUGUCCGAUCACAAUGCUCGGCGCCGGAAACCACAGCCAGACGCAUUCUCCUUUACACCGGCAAGGCUCCCGUCGUCAUUGGUGUUUGAUGAUAGACGGCAAAUAAGUUUUGUCUGGAAUAAAGAUCCACUCAGCCAUGCAAGGCCUUUCCCAUGUUCUCCAUGGGACAGCCCAUCUGACUUCAAGCUCCCGCAAGUGAAGGAAAUAAGAGAAGUAUCAAUCAAUGGACAAGUUCAUUUUGAUAAAUCUCAUCUACCCAAUGCUGUUCCAGCACUGAGUCAUGACAUAGCUGAGCUGCUACCAAUGAAAGGUCCGGACGCAUCUGUAACCGCUUCAAAAUUAGGUGGAGCACCGGAUCUUCAGCGUGCUCUCUCUCUUCUGUCAGCUAGUUCUUGUGGAUUACCUGAUCCUGUACAGCAAGCAUCUUGUCUCGUCCAAUUCACUGGUGCCAGCCAAAACAGCCGGGGCCCUUCACCACAUGGAGGGAGCCCUCCAUCGGCGUCCUGUGCCGAAGGACAGCCCAUGGCACCAUCGCCUCAGUUCGUCCGUUUCACCAUGGAUGGCGCCAGCAGUGGCUAUGAAUCCACUUUCUUUGGCGUAAACCGGAUGAAUUGA